AUGCAAGACCCUCCCCUUUCCCAUAAACCGCCAUCGUUUAUGAAAACGCUGAAGAAGAAAAACUACGUCCCAAAAAUGAAAGCUAUGCCUGCUUCCCUUGCGACUAAUACAGUGUCUAGAGCUGGCAAAGCAGCCGGUAAUGUCGCGGGUCAGACCGUGAAUUUGACGACGAAAACAGUGGGUAUGGCGGGUACCGCGGUGAAUAUGGCAACCCUCGGUAUGGCAGGAACAGGAGUGAACGCUGUAGGAAAAAUGGGGAAAUAUGCUUCAAAAAAACUGACGGGGAAGGGGCGACGAGCCAAGUUGCAUAAACAGCAUUCUUGGUUGGCAUGGGAUUCUCGUGUAACGGCACCGUUCAUAAAACUUGAUCUUCUACUUGAAUGUCAUCGACUGCCAAAGAAAGACAGCUUUUGCCCAGCAGAUGCAUUUGCCUGUGUAUGGGAAGUGCCUUCUGGUUUCAAGUCAAACAGCAAAAGAGUCAACAGAAUGCCGACUCGUCAAGAACGAGAAAUUGGCAGAACUGAGAUUGUACGCGGUAACAGGGAUCCUCUUUUCUCAACCACAUUUCGACUUGAAUUUAAGUUUCAUGAAGAACAAACCUAUCUCGUAAGGGUAUACAACGAAGAUCUACGCUACUCGACUGAUCUCAAGGAGCACGAUUUUAUCGGCGGGUGCAUAUUCACCCUCGGCGAGCUUUUGGGUUCCAGUGGGUGUAGUAUCGCAAUGCCGUUAUACCGCGGAAAGUCGUUUGUUGUUUUGACUGGGCGAGAAAUCGUUGAGACUCGUGAGGUAUUAGAAUUUCGCUUUUCGGGACAGGAUCUUGGGUUGCUGGAGCGAAAAAAUAAUAAAGCGCAAGUUGCCAAAGACGUCUUGGAGACAAUGCAGAAGCUGAACGUCGCAAAGACCGUGCUAGAAAAGUUCGACUCCUACUUCAGAAUAGAGAAAUUAGAUAGGGAAGACCAGAGCUGGUCUAUGAUUUGGAAAUCAGAAGUUGUAAGCGACAAUGAGAACCCAACGUGGAACGCGGCAAGACUCCCUUUACAGCUACUCUGCGGCGAUGAGCCGACGAAUCCUCUCAAAAUAUCCAUCUGGGUCUGGAAUCGCUUUAUACCAGACGAAAGCGUAGGGUUUGUAGAGACCUCCGUAGACGAACUCAUACAGAAAGCGAAGCGCGGGAUCCCCGUCUUCAAUGUGAUGGCGGAAAGAAGGAAACUCUUCGGCGGCGUCAAACUAAAGAAAGCUGGAGUACUCAAAGGGUUAAAGAGCUCUGUACUGCAAAUUCCAAGUAUGCUACAGUACAUCUCGGGAGGAUGCGAGAUGGACUUAAUCUUUGCCAUUGACUGUAGCGAUGUCAACGGCGAUUGGCGAAAUGCAAAUAGCCUUCAUUUUCAUUCUGAAGAAUGGCUGAACGAUUACCAAGCAAUUAUCCACAAAGUAGGGACGAUAUAUGACGGAUUCGAGAGAAGACAGAAAUACACGAUGUUCGGCUAUGGUGCAAGGAUUGAAGGAGUCAAUCAGCAGUGUUUCUCUCUGGGUGAAAAUCUUCAAAAUGCUGAUGAUUUGGUCAACUGCUACGAUGACACGUUCUCACAAGGUAAUUGUGAUCUUGAGCUGGGGGCACGAGUCGAGCUGAAACACGUUGUUCAAUCGGCAGUCUAUCGAUCCAUUCGACUGAGUCAACAACGGCAGUCUUUUUCCACUUUGGUAGUGCUGUCCACAGGAGCGAUUGACGAUCUCGCUGCUACAAUCGACGUCGUUUGUGCGGCAGCUGAAGACGCCCCUUUGUCUAUUGUCAUUGUAGGUAUCGGAAACGAUGGAAAUUUCGAGACCAUUCACAAGCUGACAGGCGCCGAACAAGGAAAAUUGAGGCAUUCGAAUGGUGUGCCCAUUGCCAGGGACAUUGUGCACUUUGUACCAAUGCAUGAAUUUCAUGGCAACGUCCGUGCAUGUGUAGCGGAAUCCUUGCAUGACGUACCGGAACAAUUUGUUCAGCAUUUCACCAAUGCUGGCAUCAAACCAAAUCCUCCCCGUGCAGUUCCGGAUUUUUCGCUCAACCAAGUAUUUGGGGAGCCACAUUCUCGCGCCGACAAUCUAAUGAAAAAAGGAAGCAGUCAUAAAGAUAGGAAAAAUGGCAAUAGCUCAGUGCAUCGGAGGUGA